AUGCAACGGCCACGUGGCUUUUCCUCCUACUCUGCCUCCUCAAACGAGACCAUACUGGAAGCAUGCUCUUCUUCGCCUUAUGCCACACACACUCCGGGUCCGGCAGAUGCUGUACGCUUUCCAUUAGACCCAGCAAUCGUGCCGUUGCCUCGAACCUUCACCUCCGGCCCGGAUUCCACCGUCCAGACAGUUCGCCGUAACGAUGACGAUGUUGCGGGAAGGAAAAAGGCCUCAAGCGGGAAGGAGCAAGAUAUUGACAGGAAUAACGCAGCUGGAAAUGAUGAUGAGGAAGAGUCGAUUGACUGGGACGCCGAGUCGGAAGAAGACACCGCCGACAGCGCAGUGGCACCUCAGCCUCGUCAGGUCGUGAAGCGGGCCAAAGUGCCGCAGAACAUGGGUUUCCACUUCGACUGGUGGAUGGCGCGCAUCGGCACCGCGGCGGUGAAUAUACCCCGACCGCCAUCACCAGCACCAUCACAGCUCAUAACAGCGGAUCGGUGGGCUGCCCUAAAGUUGAGCUGGGAUGUCUUGCUGGAAGACAUCAGGCUAGCGAGCGAGCAGAUGCAUCGGGACCGGAAGUGGAGGAUCAGAGGGAAGAAGAAUGCCGCUGGUUGGUGCAGAUGGGGAGCAAGACAACGGAUAGACCACAGGGGCGAAUUCGUCGAGGAACCCGAAGUUGGAUAUGAGGUGGAAAGAGAGGUAGAUGGCCGGACGUGUGUGAUUAGGCUGGGAUAUCGGAGGAACGACGCAGUGGUGGAGGACAUGGAUUUGGACGAUGAAAUAGCUGGUUGUGAUGACACUGUCGCUGGUGAGCAGGGCGCUGGCGGAGAAGAAGCAGCUCAAGGAACUUUGAACUGGCCGGCAGGCAACAGCUGCCAGGACCUCGACGUCGCGAUGGAAGAAGCCCCGGAACCUUGA